UUAUUCGCUAAAAUUUGUGCCUGGCACGCUAUCCCGGUCAUGCCAUGGGUUUGGAUUAUAUGUUAUGCAAAGAUCAUUUUAAAAACUAGUAUCGAUAACAUUCAAAAUUUCACAAAGAAUAAAACCCAGAAGCCAGAA